AUGGCUCCUGGGCUUGUUGCAGACCUUGGACACCUUGAACAGAUAGAUCCAAAGCAGGUUGACCUAUCACUUGCUGUACAGGAGCUCAGCAUGGCACUCACAGACGGCAUGAAGAGCAAUACAAAGAUCGAACACGCGGCGGUGCAGCAAGUAACCCCAUACUUGUCUACCGAACCUUCAUCAGAUCACCACUGGCGCAUAGAUCUGGAAGGCAAAGUCAUUGCUAUUACCGGUGCUAAUCGAGGAAUUGGUCUCGGCAUAGCUGAAGUCUGCCUAGCCAACGCAGCCGGCCACGUCUACUCUCUCGACCUCUUCGAGCCCGACGCCUCAGAACACGCAGCAUUUCACGAGCUCUCGACCAGGAACCCAGGUCGUCUUCACUUCAUCAAGUGCGACGUCACAUCCUGCGCCUCAAUCAACGACAGCAUAGCAACCAUAGUCGCCGCACAAAAACGCUUCGACGGUCUCGUCGCAAACGCAGGAAUGACAAAACACCAGGCUGCCCUAGACUUUUCCCAAGCACAACUCGAACAGCUAUUCGACCUCAACGUCUUCGGCGCCUACCAUUGCGCCACCGCUGCAGCUCGUACAUUUAAAGAGCUUGGCUGCAAGGGCAGCAUCGUCUUCACGUCCUCAAUGACCUCUUACCGUCCCAACCGCGCCGCACCAUCUGCUCCGUACGGCGCGACGAAAGCAGCAGUGCGCAACCUGACACACACCCUCGCGAUGGAGUGGGCACAACACGGGAUCCGAGUCAACUGUGUCAGCCCUGGGUUCGUGCGCACACAGAUGACGACUUAUUACGUUGAGCGGGACCGUGAAGAGUGGGAGAGGAAGAUGCGGUAUUAUGGUGGGAUGCCUCGAUUGGCGGACCCACGAGAGCUCGGUGGUGCAUAUGUUUACUUGCUGAGCGAUGGUGCCAGUUAUACUUCGGGAAUAGACAUUCCUAUCGCUGGGGUUGUGGGGGCUUGGUGA